UUUCUCUCACGCUCUGUCUCUCCUGUCGCUUUAGAUUCUAGGCUCCUCCGGUCAGGGACUCAGUGUUGUGUAUCUGUCAAGUGCCUACCAUAAUGGGGGCCUGAUCUCAGUUGAGGGCUCUGAGCACAUCCAUAAUACAAUUAUAUAUCAAUGUGGUUUAAUAAACGCAGUGUCUUCAGCAGAAUGCAUGUAGGUGUAUUAAACCGCGAGAUGCAUGUUUCUAAAACUCGGCUAAAAUGUAUUGUGGUCUCUUUGUAUGUCAAAAGCUGUAUAACUCCUUCCCCACCAUAAUGAAGUGGAUACCUGGACGCCAUCACACCAUUUUUAAAAACUGGGAAAAUUUGAAGUGUUUUGUGAGGGAAAUAAUAGCAAAGCACAGAGAGGACUGGAAUCCAUCUGAAACCAGAGACUUCAUUGACUGUUAUCUGAAGGAAAUAGCAAAGGCCGAUGCCGACCCGAGUUUCCAUGAAGAAAAUCUCAUAUUUUCCACACUGGAUCUUUUUACUGCUGGAACUGAGACAACGUCUACAACCAUUUACUGGGCUCUGCUGUACAUGGCCCUAUAUCCAGAUGUUCAAGAGAGGGUGCAAGCGGAGAUUGACGCAGUGAUUGGCCAGUCUCGCCAGCCAGCCAUGGACGACAGAGACAACAUGCCAUACACCAAUGCAGUUAUUCAUGAAGUGCAAAGGAUAAGCAACAUCUUGCCUUUCAAUGUGCCCAGAACGGCAACUAGUGACACAACACUGGCCGGAUUCUAUGUGCCAAAAGGCACCAUUUUGAUUCCCAGUUUGACAUCAGUGCUGUUUGACAAGAGUGAGUGGGAAACGCCUCAUACUUUUAAUCCUAAGCACUUCCUGGAGGAUGGUCAGUUCAAGAAAAGAGAAAGUUUCCUGCCAUUCUCUGCAGGAAAGCGUGGUUGCCUUGGUGAGCCGCUGGCUAGAAUAGAGCUGUUCCUGUUCUUCACUGCCCUCCUUCAGAAAUUCACAUUCCAAGCUCCAAAGGACGUGAAGCUAAGCCUUCAGUUCAGAAUCGGACUUAUUCUCGGUCCACAGCCAUACCAGAUCUGUGCAUUGUCUCGGUAGGGAAAGCCAGGACAUUUUUGUCAUUGCCCCAUUUCUCAAAAUAAUUAGGGUUUGCUGUGCUUGUAUAUAGGGCUGCAUCAGCAGUUCACUAUGUCUCCAAAUUUCCCUGCCUGCUUCCAUUCUUAUAACCCAACAGGGGACCAAUAUCAGCAAUUGGACGAUUUGGGAACCUGAUAUUGGAAGGGGCUGGGGCUGUGAUGAUACAUCCUACCAUGACAGCAGCUCUUCCUGAUGUCCCUGUCACACCAGUCUGUGUGCAUGCACACUCAGGAUGGCCUAAGUAUUCUCACUCCUAUAUCUAUUUGGUUGAAAAAAGGUAAGGAUAUUUCAUGAUUUCUUUCAAAAGGAACAUUUUGUUUCAUUUGCAGUUUUUCAUGAAAUAUUUAGUUUUUCAAUGGAAACUUUUCAAAGCACUUUUUUUUUUUAAU